GGUGUUUAUCUGUUGUCAGUCAGCUCGGUGAAGUGGGCGGACUCCAGUUUGGACUGAAGACAAACUGGACAGCAGAGUGUAACAGGGGGAGAAGCAGACAGCCUGACUAGGAGUUUGUACUUUCUGUCCGCAUUGAAACUUUCUUAACUUUCCAUUACAGUGUUUACUCUUCCACCGCUGUAAUGUCGACCACCGGGAGCUCCCCGCCCUACGAUGGGAUGUAUUCCAAACUAAUAGAUGAUGAGGGCGCAUAUGACGAUCUGAACCGCAGGCCAGAUGUUGGACACGGCGCUCACCCAGUCUCCCCAAUCAGACUGAUCCCCAGGCUGAGCGGCCCCGGGCCCUACCGUCUUGCCACUAUAUGCCUGGCUACAUUGUGUGCUGUCCUGCUCAUCUCCAUCAUAGCUGUCACUGCACACUAUAAGAAGAACUCUCAGGGCAUUGGUGAAGCGACGUCAGGGAUACAGAAGCAGACUCAGGAUGCAAACUCGUCGGCUCUUACUUCCACCAUCACCAAACUGCAGCAGGAGAAAAAACAGCUGCAGAAAGAGAAGGACGAGCUGCUGGCCAAACUAGGUACCAAGAUGGCCACUAAAGCUCCUGAAGUGAUCAAACCGACAGUGAAACCAACAACAAAGGCCCCCAUCGUCUGCAACCCAGACUGGCAUCUUUUCAACAACAGCUGUUACUUCAUCUCCAGAAACUCAAGGGAUUGGCCAGAGAGCAAAUCGUACUGCGAGAGCCAAGGAGGUUACCUGGCCAUCAUCCACACAGCUGAGGAGCAGACAUUUCUAUGGAAUCUCCUACCCAGAGGUCACUGGAAUGCCUACUGGUUUGGGAUCACUGACGAGCACACGGAGGAUCAUUGGAAAUGGGUGGAUGGCACCCCGCUGGUCGGAGGUUUUUGGGAGGUCGGCGAACCCAACAAUCACAUUGACGAGGACUGUGGCUACAUUGUGAAAACACAGGUGUUGGAGCGAGUGGCAAUUCGGAGCUGGUAUGAUGCCCCCUGCACCAUGUACUGGCCCUUCAUCUGUGAGAAGGAGAUGGGUCCUGGAGCCAGCACUGCCAUACCACACUGAGACUGAGUCUGCACUGCUCUGAUCGACUAAGAAAAACCAGUGGAGCAAGGUCACCAGUCAGUCAGUUGUCAGCUGCGUCUAUGAACAACUGUUUUUUCUCUGUUUUACCAAAACACCUAGGACUGAGAAGGCUGAUCUUUUGCAAGUAUAAUCCCAUCUCACAUUUAGAUUAAUAUGUUACUGAGAUCUGACUCAAUUCUGUCAGAUAUAAGAGAUAAAUUCAUCGUUCAUCAUUCACCAUAUUCAUGGUAUUUUUCCCUUUUCUCAUUGACGACAAGCAUAGGUGGUCAGCUCUGUGCAGAACACUGGACAAGGUUACUAAUGUUUAAUAAAAUGAGUUCACAGUUAAAAAUUAAAGCAGCAGUAACUGUACUUUUAUUUUUAUAACUUCUUCAUACUAAUUUCAACCUUUAGAUAGUGAUUAUUUUCUUAGCCAUUGAUCGUGUAUUGAACAUCAGCAUUUGAAGACACAUUUAUGAGAUUAUUAUUAAUUUUUAUCUGUUGAGAAAUACAACAAAUAAACAAAUAUAAACUGAAUAAAGGGAAACAAAAAAACAUUAAAACUAUGGAAUCUCACAUCACUCCAGGUAAUAACGUCCAGUUAUGAUUGAAACUUUUUAAUAAUAACUGUAAAAAUAAGACAACACAGUCUUGAAGUUACAACAGUAUAUCAGGGCCAUUGUAAGUACAUGACAGAAAUAACUGAUUUAGGAGGAAUAUUUGAAAAAAAACUUCCAGGAUUAAUGUCACAAAUUUGUGAGAUAAAAUGUGUUCAGAAUGGUGAAUUUAAAAGAAAAGAUUCACAAAUUUAGUUAAAAAACUUGACUAUUCUCUGAGAUUAUUAAGUCAUACAUUUGCAAGAAACAAAACCCAGCAAUUUUCUGAGAAUAAAGUUGCAAAUUUACGUGAAAAAAACUUGGAAAAACAGUGAUGAAUUUACUUUAGUAACCCAAAACAUACAUUGAAUCCAUAUUGGUGUAACAAGGGUUUCCCAUGAAAGAUUUCCAGAAAAUAGUAUUACAAAACAAAAAUGGCAUAUUGAUUAACUGAUUGCAUGAAUUAGUGCACAGGUUAAAUAAACAUAUGGACACACAUAUAUAUGUGUUGAUUGAUUAUUUGGGUAUUGCAGUUUGCUAGCGUUUGAUGUUUCACAGCGGGGAUGUUAGGUUGUCCACUUCAUCGUGCAUUUGCGUAAAGGAAAUAUUGUGCACUGAUUCAUGACCCAAUAGGAGCAAAGUAUUUGUUCAUUGAAGGGUAUAAUGUAAGACUCAUGUUGACCUAACAAAUACCAAUAAAUAUCUUACAUAAAAUAAAUACAUUGUUUGUCCAAUUUUAUAUAAGUACAGCUAUUAUUAGUGUUCCAUACUUUUUUCUUCGAGAAUUUUUUUCUAUCACAAAUAUAUGAUUUAUGAUAUGACCAGAGAAUAUCUGAGUUUUUAUCUCAUAAAAAUAUGACUUAAAUCUCAGAAAUUCUGAGGUGUUUUUUUUUUUUUUUUUUUUU